AUGUCCCACCCAAAAGCCAGCCGUCCACCUCCAGUAACCUCCCCUUCCAAGAACGACUUCAAUCCAUCUAAAAAGAAAAAAACUCGUCACAGCAAAAAUCGGGAGCCGUAUCAUGAGAAGUUAAAGAGACUUUUCAUGGAAAGUUUGGACGAUUCUUCCAUCUUGGAACCAAAUAUCCCUUCCGACCUCAUUCACUUCUUCACUCUCCCAGACAAGAAGGAUCCCAAUCUGCGUCUCCAUGGUCGAUCUCAACAAAACAUUGAUCUCGUCCUCCGUCAAUUGGCGUGCCUCCAGCUUGGCCCUCCACGUCAACUCAAUUUGUCGGUCCCACAGGGUAUUCCGAGCUCUGUGAAAGUAAAUGGACUACCAUAUCACCUCCUGCGUCUUCCCAGUCUAAUUCAAACGUCCAAUCGAGAACAAAUUCUCAAAGCUUUUCACACUUUCAAUGAUCUAAAACCCUUCAAGCAUGUGUCAAGCUCACAAAGACGAGAGGGAGUAGAAGGUCUGCACCCUUACCAUCUUGGGAUUGUACGCAGGCAGGGCAACUCAGUUGGAGUCACAAAAGAUACAAGUCAGACAACCCGCGAAAAGAUCAAUCAGCCCACCCCUCUGCAGAACACACGACGUCAAGCUGCCCUCAGUCUUCUUCGCCUUCUUGAACAAUUUGUUUGCACUCCUUACAAACGACAAUACUCUUAUGUUGAUAAAGACACGGUCGACUACUCCUUCUUCAUCAAUCAUCAAGGUCGUGAUACAACUGCUGCUGAGGGUACUAUACCAGACGGGGAAGAGACCAGAAAGAUUGGUAAGAGCAAGAAGGGGAAUGAAAGUGGGACAAGAUUUGGGGGAAUGGCAAUGGCCGUAGCAGUAGGUUAUGGUGAAGCUCGUGUUCCACAUCUUGACCAGAAUGACGUCGACACAAUUCCCACCUUUUUCACACAACUUUCUGGUGAUCCUGGCUUUACACACUUUCCCCAAUUACAUGUCCAGGCAGCUCUAAACUCUGGUGAUGUGCUCAUUGCUCCUACAUCUAAUCUCAUUCAUCACGCUGUUGGGGAGGGUCCAGCAAGGCAAGGAAGAAUAACUGCUAUUUUCUAUACUUGUAGGCAUGUUGAAAGCUUGCUGGGGAAGGAGGAGGAUGGGAAGGUGGUGAGUGGUCCUCUGGAAGGGAUUGCUACAGAGGACUUGAUGGUCUUUGACGAAGAUGAGACUGAGGAGACACAAAUCAAUGAACAAUGA